AUGUCCAAGCAACACAAACAGAAAAACUUAACCGAAGAGUUCAUCGACGUAGACGAUGAAAUUCAAACUAAUACUCAACAAACUGGGUAUGCUUGGGAAGAAGAGUAUAAGCGUAGUUGGGAUGUACUACAGGAAGACGAGGAUGGAAGUCUGAAACGAACUGUCGAAAAUCUUCAACAACGGAAAAGGAAAAGGCUUUUUCGAGAUACAGCGACGAUUCGACGUGGGAUAAUACGACACAUGUUCUUGAUCAUAGACCUUUCCGAAGCAAUGAUGGAAAAAGAUCUUCGUCCAUCUCGAUUGGAUCUAACUCUUUCAUACGCUGAACAAUUUAUUCUAGAGUAUUUUGAUCAAAAUCCAAUUUCUCAACUUGCCAUAAUUGUAACAAAGGGAGGCUAUGCAGAAAAAAUUUCCGAUCUGACUGGGAAUCCAAUGGAUAAUAUACGUGCUUUAAAAAAUAAGAAAAAUACAGAUACUGAUGGUGAACCGUCUUUACAAAAUUCUUUAGAGAUGGCAAGAUCAACUUUAAUUCACGUUCCAUCUCAUGGUUCACGAGAAAUUUUGAUCAUUAUGGGAUCCCUUACAACCUGUGAUCCGGGAGAUAUUUACGAUACAAUAGAUAAUUUGGUAAAUGAAAAUAUUCGCGUCUCAGUAGUUGGAUUAGCUGCCGAGGUACAGAUAUGUAAACUCAUGUGCAAAAAAACAAAGGGCACGUACGGAGUAGUUCUGAAUGAAGCACAUUUUAAAGAUCUACUCUUUGAAAUAAUACCACCGCCUCCAGUCUCAAAUACUCAAAACAAAGCUGAAUUGGUUAUAAUGGGGUUCCCAAGUAGUGUUUCUGAUUCAUCGCCUUCACUUUGUGCAUGUCAUUCAAAACCUACAAUUGGUGGUUACAUUUGCGCUCGAUGUCACUCAAAAAUUUGCGAUUUGCCAACGGACUGUCCGGUGUGUGAACUUACACUUGUAUCAAGUCCACAUUUAGCAAGAUCAUAUCAUCAUUUGUUUCCCAUAAAUAAUUUUGUAGAAGUUCCGUGGAAUAAUAAUAGUGUAUCUCCAACACAUUGCUUUUCAUGUCAAAUUCCUUUUCCGUCUUUUCUAGGAGUACGUGGUGGUGCGGUACCUAUUGAAACUAGCGGUCGAUAUAAAUGCAAUAGAUGCCAACAACAUUUUUGCAUUGAUUGUGAUGUUUUCGUUCAUGAGGUUAUUCAUAAUUGUCCAGGAUGUUUGGCAGCCAUUCAUUAA